GGACUGGUGUGUGCACCAGAAAAAUCUGAGUACUUAAUGUGUCAACAACAUCGAAGCUCGUGGAAAGAAGUAUUACUGUACGCGGACGGAGGGUUGAUACCGAAAGUGCCUACGCUUCGGGUGUUGGGUUUGGUGUUACAAGAAAAGGCGGGCAACUCCGCCAUGCUAGACAGGCUGAGGGCAAAGGUCCUGGCAGCCAUGCGAUUAAUACAGAGGGUCUCCAGUAGGAGACGAGGCAUCAGAGAAGAGGGAGUGUUGAGGCUAGUCCAGGCUUUUGCCCUCAGCCAUAUCAUGUAUGUAGGGCCAUAUCUCAAAUGGUGGAAGGCCGAGCUAAACAAGCUGGAUGCGAUGGUGCGGAAAGCUUGCAGAGCCGGUUUGGGGGUGCUCUCUUUCACGCAUAACGCCGACCUGGACGCCCUUGGGGUGCAUAACUCGGUGACCGAGAUGAUUGAGGCACACCGAGAAGCUCAGGAGUUAAGGCUUGCCGGUACUGCGGCUGGACGAGAAAUUCUCGCCCGAGUCGGCGUAAGUCGUGGAAACACCGGACUAGCUGAGUUACCCAAUGAGACCAUGAGAUGUGUGAAAGUGCGCCCGAUCCCGAGACACAUGCACCCCACGAGGGACGCUGGGCGUCGUGCGGCCAGAGCGCAAGCUCUGGAGCGACUGUUCUUGAAAUCUGGAGGAGCGGUCUGUGUUGAUGCAGCUGUACGUGAUGGAGUUGGGGUGGCGGUUGUCACGGAUCUGGCCACCGGGGAAAUCAAGACGGCCCUGAGUGUUAGGGGCGGAGAUGUUUGUGUAACAGAAGGAAUUGCCAUAAGCCUAGCGGUUUCCCUGCCAGGAGUUAAAGCAGUGCUAAGCGAUUCGAUGACUGCGGUGAGGGGGUACGCGCGCGGUCGUGUUCCGCCUCUAGUCGCCAAGCUGUGCAAACCUCGUAACGAGGUGGAAGUGGUGUGGACCCCUGCGCACAUGGGCGGCAAUGUCGCUCCUGACCGAAUGGCCCGAGAGUUAUUAGGCCGGGCUUUCGGUGGGGCGGCGGUGUUCGCUCCGGUGGGCUACGGGGAAGUAUUACGAGCGAAACGAGAAGCGCGGCGGGUGUAUCCCCCUCCGCACGAGAACCUAAGCAGAGAGGAAGCCGUCCUUCUAAGGCAGCUUCAAGUGAAAUGCAUCUUCACGCCGGUGUUGGGCCGGUAUGUGGCUCCGGACGUGUACAGAUCGGAUGCGUGUGUUAUAUGUGGGGAAAAGGCUACGGUCAUGCACGUGUUGUGGGACUGCAGUCCGGUAGGCGCGCCUGGAACGUUGCCUGAGAUGUUGGACGCCGGAGUCAAGGAUACGACACUGGAAGGACAGCGAAGGGCCGUUCAGAAGGCUCGGGAACUGAGGGACAGGCAGGUCCGCAACCGGGCCCCCUGCACCCUUACCCCGGGUGGGGCUUUCGGCCUCCCCUAGCCAGAUGGGCUAGCUUUUGAAGACAAAUAAAGACGUUUAU